AUGAUCCAGAAGUUAAAACUCAAGCUUAGUGCUUGGGCAAUGAGCAAGGUCGAUGUCACCCAACGUGCAUUUGUUAUUAAUCCAAAGAUAAUUCUCCCGUUCAAGCCAGCGGAUGUGGCCAAGGUCUUCGAGAUCCCAUGCGGCAACAGGGAUGUGCGUGGACCGGAUGGCAACAUCAACGAAGAGUCUGUUUCAUUUAUAAAAAAGACCCUAGGCAUGGACCAGUCCGCAGCACACAGCUUGCGCGUUGCGGAGGAGUUCUUGAUGCGGAACAUAACUGAAGAAUCAAGCAAGUUGGAGAAAGACUGUUUUCUGAUAGCGUUCGUGAUCUUUGUAAUGGGUCAUCUCCUAGAUCCUUCGUCGAAACAUGACUACAAGAGCAUCAAUUCCUGGGGCGCCAUUGCUAAUACCGAAGAGAUAGCCCAGUUCAAUUGGUGCGAGUAUGUGUUGCAAGCCUUGCUUGAUGCGGUCACAAAACUGAAGGUUGAUAUGGAUAAUGGCGUCACGACAGCAAACCUUACUGGAUGCCAUCUUUUCCUUCAGGUGUUCCUUCUUGAUAACCUUGACUUGGGGAUAUUCAACCUGAAACAUGAUGUUUUCCCUUGGGUCAAAAUGUUCGACCAGGACACCUUGCGGCGCAUGACUAUAAUGGCGUCCGACGCUGGAGUACCUGAGCCGUCGUUCGCGUCAUCAAUGUUGAGAGAUGCAGCGACCGUAUGCUACUCCCAGAGCGUUCAGACUGACAAGCCCCGCACCGGCACCUCCCUUACUGUACCGAAGGACAGUGUAGUCAAUCGCCCAUCUCCAAUGGUCGCAGUUGCCAAGAAGACCACGCCCCCAAGGCAAAUGACCGCUGUUGACUACUCGAACUAUAUCACAAAUCGAUACCCAACUAUGUCAUCCCAAACGAUAGCGGUUCUUCUCCGUGAACAGAAUGCACGGGCGGUGCGCCAUCUUACCACGGCUUCUGGAUGCACAUGCUGCACUGCUAGGGGUUUUUCUGAUUGCCCUGUUAGACCGCAGACGCUAGACGAGGAAAGCGCAUCAUGCCGCGAAAAACGCAAGUUUGCUCUUCCUGGAGCCACGCACAGUGCACAAGCUUCAUACCACACUCCAAAGUAUCGCAAACUUAGCGGUCUCAAGUUGGACCUCUCCGACUGCGAAGUUGAAAGUCCACCACAGAGAAGCGGCGUGCGAAAAGGCAGCAUGCAAACCGAGCCAACACGCAAACCCGGCCAUCAUGUGGCCACAUCAAGCCACAACAAGGACAAACAUCAUGGAAGAAGCGACGCCAUAUGCAACGCCAUACAACAGUAUGCCAUAUGCAUAGCUGAAGCAGUUAAGGACAUAUACGUCGAUAGUAUUCAAGAAAACCAGACAGGCGUUUUCUUUUCCAUCUCCACCGCCGAGCUACCCAAACGGAAAUACGUAUCAUCAAGGAGCUAUGCAGGGAAUCCAUGGUUUAAAGGUCGCCCAGUCGUGCCUCCUAAAACUGAUAUAGCCGACUUGCUGGAAGCCUAUCUGCCAUCGCUGCCCGACAAUCAGCUGGCACAAAACUGGAUAGUUCAUGGUACCCCCCGGGAGAUUAGAAUCAGAGGUGUCGAAAUCCAACUACAGAUCAUCAGCAAUAGCAUGCUCAAUCACGAGCUUGGUUCCAUCCUUAUACAUCAACUAAUGCAGAUGGACAGUGAAGCUAAUUUGGAUACACCUUGCCUAACACACCGCCACAUCCUCGAAUGUGAUUUCUCGAUACGAAUGCACCAUGCUAGCAAUGUCUUCGGUUCAUUUCUCAUUUCUCUGCGCAGCCCAUUUUGUUUCGCCACCUGCAUUAAUCAUAAUGGCCUCCUCAAUUGUUUUAAUUGUUCCUUCUUUGCAGACCUUAGCCCUUGCCGAAAAUUCAAGUAUUUCUAG